AUGAAUGAUGAACAAUCAUCAAAGAAAACUAAUAAUGAUAAAACAUCAUCGAAAUCGACAAAUAGUCGAGGUGGUAAACGUCAACAAACUAAAACUACAUCGAAGCAAAGUGAACAACAAGAAGGAGAUAAUACAGAAGAAGGUGAUGAAGAUAAGAAAAAAUCUACGUCAACUAAAGCUUCUAAAAGUAAAGGUCCUGAACAAAAAAACAAGACUAGUAGUGAUGAACAAAAAGAUACUGGUGAUGAUAAUACUGAAAACGAAACUGGUGAAGACGAUACUGCACAAAAUGAAAGUGAAUCACCAACAAAGAAAGUCAAAGGUAAAACUGAUCAAAUGAAUAAAACUGCAUCAAAGAAAGAUAUUGAUCAAAAAAUCGAAAAUAUUACCGGUGAUGAUAAUACAGAAGAUGAAGGUGCAUCACCAAGUAAAAAAGCUAAAGGUAAAACUGGUCGUAAACAAAAUCAAAAAACGAAGAAUAAUAAUCAAGACACUGAAAGUGAAACUGCUACUAGUGAAGAUGAUAAUGUGGAAAACGUAAAUGAAUCAUCAAAUGAAGCAACUAAAGCUAAAUCUGCUCGUAUACCUGAUAAAACCAAUAAAAUGACAUCAAAGAAAGCUACUAAUCAAGAAGGUGAAAAUGAAAAUGUUACCGGCGAUGAAAAUAUUGAAAAUGAAGGUCAAUCGCCAAUGAAGAAGCCUAAAAGAAAAUUCAAUCAAACAAAUGAAAAUACUAAUCAAGAAGCUGAAAAUGAUACAGCAACUGGCGAUGAUGAUGAUAAUACUGAAAACGAAAAUCAACCACCAACAAAGAAAGCUAAGAGUAAAUCUAGUCCUGAACAAGGUCAAAAGAAUGAAACAACAGAAAAUAAAAAUAAUGAUCAAGAGAUCGACUAUGAUUAUGAAAUGCAAGAUGAAAGUAAUACGAUUACUUCAAAUAAAAAGAAUACAACCAGUCAUAAAGGUAAAACUCCUGAUUCAUCAAAAAAACAAUCUGAAAAUGAUGCAAAAGCUACAGAUGAGCUAAAUUUAUCUGAAGGUGAAAAUUCAGCUGAUGAUACACCAGAUAGUACAACAACAACAAAAGAAGGACCAACAAAGCGAUCUGCUCCAUCAUCAAGUAAUAAAAAAAUCGAUGCAACUACGAGCAAAAAAUGUAAUGCUGGACUAUUCGAAGAUCGAACAAAUGAUGAUGAGAAUACAGAAGCUGAAUAUCAUUACGAAGAUGACGGUCCACCAGUAAAACAAUCGAAAAAGAAUCAUUCAGGUGAUAAAGACUCAUCAUCAUCAACUAAUAAAAAAUAA